AUGCAAAAUCAGGCGCUAGAAGACAACUUCAAAAGGGCUCUCGGAAGAAUGCAAUCCCGCCGUGACGAGAAUAGGAGGCUGGCAGAGGCGAAACAUGCGGCGACGAUGCGCUUCCAACCGACUGAAGGCAACGCUUUGGAGUCACGCGAGAGCGACGUCUGGACGGUGAAAAGAGACGAUGAAGAGAGACGUGAUGAGAGGAGGAGGACACAAGAACGAGACGACACGCGGCAGCAGGAGACCGAGAAGAAGAAGAAGAAGAAGAAGAAGAAGGAGACGACGACGACGACAGCGAAGGAGGAGGACGAGGCAAAAGAGAAUGGGGACAAGGAGGAGAAGGAAGAGGUACGUCGAAUGGUACUUUUGCUGAUCGAGUCUGGCCACCUCUUCGAGUGUGCCAUGCUAUUGCUGCAGCAGCCGACUUCGCCGGUAGACUUUCGCUUCACGGCUCUGCGACUGGCCAACCGGCUCGUCGAUCUCGUCUACACCCACGCCAGACAGACGCGAAUCGUAGUCGAGUUGGUACGUCAACUCGAUCAGCCUGUCGUCAUGGCAACAGUCAAACCUGUUGAACCGGGCUGGUUUUGUGGGCUCGUGAUGGCGGGCAAAUCGGAUCUCGCCUCGACGCCCAACAGCCUGGUC